GGUAUGGUCAGAAGGCAUUCGCUAUAAAAGCCUUCAGCGCCAAGGGAGAUGGGAAUGAGUUUAGAAUGCUCUUACCCGUUGAAUUUCUCAGCAAGACCAACGAGUAUAGGAAAAGUGGUCAAUUCCCGACGGUCGGCGCUAGUCACCAGCUCACGAUGCCUCUUGUGCUAUUCGACACUCCUGUCGAAAGUCUCGCACGCAUAUCGACGUGCUCUAGCGAUCGGCGGCAGGCUGUGUCGACAACCCAACAACCUAUUGGCGGAAAACAGAAACUCAUUACUUACUCAAGGCGUUCCGGGGGUGAGUCAUCGACGACGACCCUGAAGACGAUGGAGCUCGCCAGACGUCCUUCGGAUCUUCCAGAAAGUUCUCGUGCUGCUGCCAGCUCGCGCUCGCGGGACACCCCGCAACAUAAACUAGACGAGGAGUCAGGUGAAGAAACGGAGGAAGACGAACGGGUUCAUAAAUUGGAUUCGUGUUUCUUGGCGACGCCUGGGCACAUCCGGGGCGAAGGCUCUUGCGAUGUGAAUGUGGGGCGGGAAGCUGGUGGAGGUGGCGAAGCUCAGUUGAGGGGCGAUGGAGAAUAUGACAAAGAUGAAGGCKAGUGUGGUAGUGGCGAGCAGCGAGAAAACGUUGGAGGUGGGGCAACCCAUUGCAAUGGAACAACGGAGCAAAUGGAGUGGGACAGAGUUGCAGCCAGUGGUGGGGUGGAAUAUGGCGGUCAAGGUGGUUCGAAAAUGGAAGACGGGGAAUUGGAAGACAAAGGAGGAGAUGCCGAUGUUUCAGCGGGGCUGACUUCCAAGAGGGGGGGAAAACGCACAGCGGAAAAGUCGCCGACGCCAGCUGMGCCUAAGAAGCAGGCUCGAAGGAAAGCUGUGGACUAUGUGUCCGAUUUUGGAUUCAACGCAGGUUCCGCGUUGAAUUCGCGUUCAAUCCCCGUUUGAACGUGCGUUAGACGGGGAAAAACGGGGUCCGCAAUGAUUUUUUUCCCAGGCUAAACAUAAUCGGAAAAAAAAAAAAUGGGGUCGUAGAUCUUUUUUAGGUCUACAACCCCAUAUUUUUAAUAUUAUUUUUUGAGCUUUGAAUAUAUUUCUAAGAAAUCAAAAACAUAAGCACAA